GCUGUUGAGCAGGGCUGGGAUUAGCGCCGGGGCGAAUGGCUGGCAAUCUUACUGGGAUUACAGAACAAAGAGCCUCUCUCGGCAGCCCCCGGGAGCAGGGGGCCCUGGCCGGCCAGCCCCUCCCUGCCCAGCCAGGCCGGGAGGGAAUUAUCGCUCCUCCACCACCCGCUUCCUCCGCGGCUCGCAGCUUAAUCCAGGGGCUGCCGGAUCCGGGCGGGAGCAGCCGGGCGGCGGGCGAGGCUGAGCCCUGCGGUGAAUAUGGCACUGACGGGGAAGCCCUCCAAUGGGUCCCCCAAUAACUCCAGACCUGACCAAUGGAAUACAGUUUUUCAUCAGAAAAAUGAAAUCGUCACCAGUUUAGUUUCUGCCUUAGAUUCAAUGUGUUCCGCACUUUCCAAACUAAACGCCGAGGUAGCCUGCAUUGCAGUUCACGAUGAAAGUACCUAUGUGGUUGGGACAGAGAAGGGGAGAAUCUUUAUGAACACAAGGAAAGAACUGCAAAUGGAUUUUCACAAGUUCUGCAGAGGUCAGCAGAGGAAAGAGCAGGAUGCAGAUUUCCAGAAGAAGGCAAAGGACUGUGGCCGGAGCAUCCCGAGGGUCUCCCCGCAUCAAGGAUCAGACAUUUACCUACUCAGGAAGAUGGUAGAGGAAGUGUUUGAUGUGCUUUAUAGUGAAGCCAUAGGGAAGAACAGCGUGGUGCCCUUGCCCUACGAGAAGCUGAUGAAAGAGCCAGGAUUGCUCGCAGUUGCCGGCUUGCCUGAGGGACUUGGCUUCCGGAAGCCCGCGGAAUACGAUGUGAAAUCCCUGAUGGCGAUUUUGGAGCACAGCCACAGUAUCCGGUUCAGGCUAAAAAGGCCAGCAGACGAGCCCAGCAGAGAGGCGAACCCUAAUGUAGAGUUGAAUUGUACCUCCCUAGCAUCCAAGGGCAGUCGGGAUUCUGGUCCAAAUAACCAGAUCACUAAACCAGCCAGUCAAGACACUCCAUCCACUGUAGCCAUGACCAAUUUCUUAUACGGUGUCUCGCUGCCUACGCAGAUCGCCACAGACCUAAAGCAGGAGAUGUCUGCCAGUCUGCACGGGGUGAAUGCAGCCAGCGAGAUGCUGAUGCCCAGGCCCUCAGGAGAGCUGAAGGUGCCUUCCUCACAGGAGUACAGCGACUGCUGUGGACAGAAAUCUGCAGUCUCUGGUGGUCCACUCAUCCAGAAUGUGCAUUCGUCAAAGCGUAUUCUCUUCUCCAUCGUCCACGACAAAACAGAUAAAUGGGACAGUUUUAUAAAAGAAACUGAAGAUAUCAACACUCUUAGGGAGUGCGUGCAAAUUCUGUUUAACAGUAGAUAUGCUGAAGCUUUGGGUUUGGACCACAUGGUUCCUGUGCCAUACCGGAAGAUUGCCUGCGACCCAGAGGCAGUAGAAAUAAUUGGGAUCCCUGACAAAAUACCAUUCAAACGACCCUGUACCUAUGGUGUCCCCAAGCUCAAACGAAUUCUAGAGGAAAGACACAACAUCCACUUUGUCAUUAAAAGGAUGUUUGAUGAGAGAAUUUUUACAGGAAGUAAAUUUACCAAAGAUCCUACCAAGCUGGAGCCCUCCAGCCCAUCGGGGGAAAUCUCUCCAGAACCACACAGAAUGGCAGUGCCAGACCUGGCAGGGACUUCUCAGGCUAAUAACAGGUCUGAGAAGAGUAGUGUUUCUGAAGACUGUGAACCAGGUACCUCAGCAGAACUGAGUGGGAUCAGACAUAUCAAAAUUGAGCCAGAUGAGCUGGACAUCAUUCAAAUCACCGUUCCAGACCGAUCCCCCGGUUCCGAUGAAAUGCACAACCCAGUGACCAGCCGCAUGACUUCAGACGAUUCCAACUACAUGCUAGAAACAGUAACAGUUUCAGAUAAAGAGACCAGCCAGGACUUAAGACAUGAAGAAAAAACGAUGGAAGACAGCCUAGGUGACGUGUUAGGUCAUUUGAGGAAACAAGUUGAAACUUUGUUCAACACGCGAUAUGCUAAAGCCAUAGGAAUUUCGGAGCCUGUGAAAGUCCCCUACGCCAAGUUCCUGAUGUACCCAGAAGACUUGUUUGUGGUGGGUUUGCCUGAAGGCAUCUUACUCAGGCGUCCUAAUUGCUUUGGGAUUGCAAAGCUGAAAAAGAUACUGCAAGCUAGCAACAGCAUCCAGUUUGUCAUUAAGAGACCAGAGCUUCUUGCUGAGGGAGUGAAGGAGACAACCUCUGACAGCCCAGGAGCUAUGGCCAGCGAGAGAGACUCCAGUGACUCCCUGGUCGAGGAAGCUGUGAAGAGACAGGGCUUUCAAGAAAAUUAUGACGCCAGACUUUCGAGAAUAGAUAUCGCUAACACUCUAAGGGAGCAAGUCCAAGAUCUGUUCAACAAGAAAUAUGGCGAGGCUUUGGGAAUCAAGUAUCCAGUGCAAGUGCCAUACAAACGGAUUAAAAGCAACCCAGGGUCCGUGAUUAUAGAGGGGCUGCCCCCUGGAAUUCCGUUCAGGAAACCAUGCACUUUUGGCUCUCAGAACCUGGAGAGAAUAUUAGCUGUGGCUGACAAAAUCAAGUUCACAGUAACAAGGCCUUUUCAAGGACUCAUCCCCAAACCUGCCCCUAGACGGAUAACAUCACUGGAAAAAGCUUACGCUGCUUUGAAUGACGAGGACGAUGCAAACAGGCUUGGAGAAAAAGUGAUACUCCGAGAGCAAGUGAAAGAGCUUUUCAAUGAAAAAUACGGAGAGGCUUUGGGAUUGAACCGGCCAGUCUUGGUGCCAUACAAAUUGAUCAGGGAUAGUCCUGAUGCUGUUGAAGUUACUGGCCUGCCAGAUGAUAUCCCGUUUAGAAACCCCAACACCUAUGACAUCCACCGGCUGGAGAAGAUCCUGAAAGCACGAGAGCACAUCCGGAUGGUGAUUAUAAACCAACUCCAACCAUUUGCUGAAAUAUGCACUGAGGCCAAACAAACAGAAAAAGACAACAGUGUUCCCAAACGAAAGCGGAAGAGGAUCUCUGAAGGGAACUUGAUAUCAUCCUCAUCGUCAUCUUCCUCUUCUUCCUCUUCCAAUAUGGAGUCCACAUCGUCAACAAAUCAGAUCUCACUUGUGCAAUGGCCUAUGUACAUGUUAGACUAUGGUGCUCUAAAUGUCCAGAUUCCAGGACCUAUUAACUAUUAGACCUCAAUACUGAAUCAGAACCUCAAAUGACAGAAUAAAUAAAUAAAUGUAAUUUAUGUAAAAAGUGUAUAUUCUAAUAUGUAUCAAUGCCUUUUAGUUUUUCCAAUGAUUUUUACACUAUAUUCCUGCCAUCAAGGCCUUUUUAAAUAAAACUAAAAAGUGUUGCCUUGCUCUUAA